AACUUCCUUAAACUCUCAGCAGAAACAAUAUGGCACCACGCAGUGGGAGAAAACGUGAUUCAAAAUCUUUACAAACAGAAAAGAAUGUGCAAGCUGAUGAAGUUCAGGAAACUCGGGAGGUGCCAUCCAAGAAAGUAAAGGGUGUUAAAAUUGAAGGGAGGAAAAGUAUGAGAGUGAAGAUCGAGCAUUGUAAAUCCUGACAGGUUUACAAAAAACACGCUGUAAGACUGUCACAGGACAUCAAACAAGAAUUUGAGAAUAUAGUCUUUGAAGUCAACCCUAAUAAACCAAGGUCAAAAAGUUUUGAGAUAAUUUUGAUUAAAGAGGAUGAUACAGAGGUCAACAUUUGGACUGGAUUGAAAAAAGGACCCCCCAGGAAGUUGAAAUUUCCAGAAUCGUCCGUCAUCAUUAAUGCCCUUAAAGAAGAGUUGCGCUAACUGCUUAUGUUCUUUUUGUUUUAAAGAAAGAUGUUUCAGAUUUUCAGGUUUUGAGGUUUUUUCGUUGAGUGAAUUAUGACGGAGGAAGACUCAAGAGGUGCUAGCCUACGUUUUCAUCCUGAUAUGACAACUCAAUUCGGAUUUACCUCAGAGCUUCACAAACUGAAAUCGUUGACUUAGCUAGUGAAGGUAGUUGCUUAAUUGUGUAGUACUGUAGUUUCAAAGCGCUUGUUCUUAGAAUAGAAUGAAUGAGAUUCAUAACACUAAGUUGCUAUUAUGAUUAUGACUGACAUCAGCCUAUUCACAUUUGAUGUUAAUUUAAUAUUAUAAUAAUAUUAAAAAACUAUUAAUUCAAUACACUCAUUUAUCUUGUUUGUUUGCUUGUUUUUAUGUUGAUAUAGUUAUUUGUAUUCAGUUAAAAAUAGUUUAUUAUUGAGUUAAUGUGUUGCAGUUUCAUGUACACUAUUGCAUUUUAAAGUUGUUUUUGAAUUAAAAACAAAAAAUA